AUGCCGAAGAAGGAAGCCGUAAUUAAUCGGUUAGGUCAUUCGGAGACCACAGCGAUAAAACGGUUGAUGGGCAUGGAACGCCGUUUCGCUGCAAAUCCAGAGCUGAAGACGAUGUACGACGAAUUCAUUCGCGAAUAUCUUGCACUUGGACACCUUCACCGAGGAGACAGAACGACUACAAAGCUGCGCGUAGUUUUCGACGCUUCCUGUCAAACGUCUACCGGAGUUUCGCUGAAUGACGCCCUCAUGGUUGGUCCAGUAGUACAAGAUGACCUGCCUAGUAUCUCGCUACGUUUCCGCAUGUACCGUAUCGCAGUCAACGCUGAUGUCGCCAAGAUGUAUCGCAUGGUUAAAGUUCAACGUCGUGAUCAUCCGUUGCUGAGCAUCAAGUGGAGAUUUGCCCCUUCCGAUCCAUACCGCACGUACGAAUUGACCACUGUUACGUACGGUACUUCAUUCGCACCAUAUCUUGCUACCAAAUGCCUGCAGCAUUUAGCAGAUGACGGAGCGUUAACGCAUCCUGUAGCGUCCAAGGUGGUCAAGAAGGACUUCUACGUUGACGACAUGCUCUCAGGGGUAGACACCGUAGAAGAAGGUAAACAGUUGGUUCAAGAAGUCAUCGAAGUCACGCUUCGAAAAUGGAACUCAAACAACAAGGAGCUUCUCGAAUUCAUUCCGGAAAGCUUGAGGGAUGAACGCUCAAUCCUGGAUCUCGAUUCGUCUGAAACUUCCAUCAAGACAUUGGGUUUAGUGUGGGAACCUAGUUCAGACGUUUUCCGUUUCACGUUCCCAUCGUUCAACUGGUCAGCAACGAUUACGAAACGCUUGGUCGUUUCCGAUGUUUCGCGGUUGUUUGACCCGCUUGGUCUGGUUGGCCCAAUUAUCAUUCAGGCAAAGAUCUUCAUCCAGGAACUGUGGAAGCAAAACUGCGGCUGGGAUGAACCACUUAAUCAAGAACUUCAAGAGCAUUGGAAGGAAUAUCGGCGGAAUCUAGCAGCACUAGAAAACCUUACCGUUCCCCGAUGGGUAGGAACCGGAAGUCACAUCGUCACCACGGAGCUUCACGGUUUCUGCGACGCGUCGAAUAAGGCAUACGGCGCCUGUUUCUACGUACGAACAAUCUCCGAAACGAGAGAGGUGUGUGUGAGGUUGUUAACAGCGAAGUCACGCGUUGCACCACUUGACAACUUGAAGAAAGGAAACAAGCGGCUCUCCACUCCACGCCUAGAACUGUCGUCAGCCUUGUUGUUGGCACACCUUUACGAGAAGGUCACAAGCAGUCUCGGCAUCAAAGCGAAAGGCUUUUUCUGGACGGACUCCACGAUUGUCAAGUGUUGGAUUUCUUCGUCACCGUCAAGAUGGAAGCAGUUUGUAGCAAAUAGGGUUUCGGAGAUUCAGCACAUCACGAAACAAGGCGUUUGGAACCACGUAGCUGGACUAGAGAAUCCAGCUGACAUAAUUUCCCGUGGAAUGAUCCCAGCGCAGCUACAAUAUGAAUCGCUUUGGUUCAACGGUCCACAUUGGCUAAAGUUGGACGAGCUAAAUUGGCCAUCUGCUCAUCAGAUACACGAAGAAGACUUCGAUCCCAUGGUUCGCGAAGCCAAGAGCAUGGCGACAGCACUUCCAGUGGUAACUCCAAGGGAUAUCUUCAGCCUUAGAUCAUCGUAUACACAUCAAGUACGAUUGACUGCUUGGCUUCGCAGAUUCCGCUUCAAUUCGCAACCGGCGAACCGUGAAAAUCGACGGUGUGGUCCUCUCACAACGCUCGAACUGGAAGAUGCUUUGCAUGCGUUGGUCAGGCUCUCCCAACAAGAAAGCUUCUCGUUGGAGUUAGCCGAUUUGAGAAACGGUAGAGAAGUUCGAGAGUCGUCGAAGAUUUCGUCACUAUACCCGGAGCUCAAAGAAAUGUUCGCGCCCGUCGCGGGAAAUCUUUCGGACACUUGA